AUGGCGUUUGCUGUUCCUCUGACUCCUGAGCUGGUGCGCCGCGCGACGCUCGAGCGCAACACGAACGAGACCAAGAUCAAGGUUGCGCUUGCGCUCGAUGUGCACCCCGAGUUUGCCCCCCAAAAAAUCAGCGUCAAGACGGGUGUGGGCUUUUUGGACCACAUGUUCCAUGCCUUGGCGAAGCACGGCGGCAUGUCGCUCGAGCUCGAGUGCGAGGGCGAUACGUGGAUUGACGACCACCACACGGCCGAGGACUGUGCGAUCGCGCUUGGCGAGGCCUUCAAGCAGGCGCUCGGCCCGAUCAAAGGCAUUAAGCGCUACGGCACCGGCCACGCCCCCCUGGACGAGGCGCUGUCGCGCGCGGUGAUUGACAUCUCCUCGCGCCCCUACUGCCACACGGACCUGCACCUGGUCCGCGAAAAGGUCGGCGACCUGAGCUGCGAGAUGGUGCCGCACGUCUUUUACAGCUUUGCGAUGGAGGCGCGUGUGACGCUCCAUGUCGACGUGCUGCACGGCGAGAACGACCACCACCGCAUCGAGUCCGCAUUCAAGGCUACGGCGCUGGCCAUCAAGGAGGCUAUCUCGCGCACCGGCACGAACGACGUGCCGAGCACCAAGGGUAUGUCGCACAACUAA